AUGAUGAGAGAAAUUUUCCUUCUAUUCCUCCUCUUCUAUUCCUUGAUCGAAUCUUCAGCUUCAAAGAACACCAUUAAAGACCAUCUUCAGAGGGGUUCCUCUCUAUCUGUUGAUGAUAGUUCAGACGUCAUAAGGUCCCCAGACAACACUUACACCUGUGGCAUCUAUGGCUUCCAAAGCAAUGCUUAUUGGUUCGCAAUUUGGUUCACAAACUCUAAAGAGCGCACAGUGGUCUGGACAGCCAACCGCAACACACCUGUGAAUGGCCGUGGAUCAAAGCUGACAUUUAGGAGAAACGGAGCCAUGGUUUUGACAGAUGUGGAUGGCAUGGUCGUGUGGGAAACAAACACAACCUCCACAGAUGUAAACAGAGCAGUGCUGCUGAAUACAGGUAAUCUGGUAUUGAAGAACCAAAAAGGUCAGAUUCUUUGGCAAAGUUUUGAUUAUCCAACUGAUACUCUAUUGCCUUCUCAAACACUAACAAAGAGAAAAAGCUUGAUAUCUGCUUUAAGAAAAGGAAGUUUUGAACCUGGGUAUUUUGUUUUGAGCUAUAACAGUAUUAACGUGUUAAUACUGACCUACGACAGCCCAGAAAUAUCAAGUGUCUACUGGCCUAGUCCUGAUCCUGGAUUUAAUGUCUGGUCUUACGGAAGAACUUUAUAUAACAGCAGCAGAAUCGCAGCAUUUGAUGAUUUUGGUGUAUUUAGAUCAAGCGAUCGGUGGCAGUUUAAUGCUUCAGAUAUGGGUUUUGGGAUCAGAAGAAGGUUAACCAUGGACUAUGAUGGUAAUCUCAGGAUUUAUAGCUUGAACGAUUCAACUGGAUUAUGGUCGAUUUCAUGGCAAGCUAUUGCACAACCAUGCAAUGUUCUCGGAAUCUGUGGGAGAAACGGGAUCUGUGAUAAUGGAGUACUACAAUCGGAAUGUUCAUGUCCACCCAACCACCAGCAGACUAACCCUACUGAUGUAAGUCAGGGUUGUAAGCCUACUUUCAAUACAACAUGUUCAAACUCAACAAAGUUUGGAUUUUUGGAAAUGCCGAAUACAGAUUAUUAUGGCUUUGAUUUAAAUUUAAUAGAUGCAUUCUCACCAACUUCGUUCGAUGCUUGUAAGGAUAUGUGUUUACGAAAUUGUAGAUGUAUAGCAUUUAAUUACAGGUUAACUGGUGAAGGAUUUUGCUUUAUUAAAAAUGCUCUUUUCAACGGCUUUCGGUCUCCUAAUUUCCCAGGAAGCAUCUACUUGAAAGUACCGAUUGGCAUGGAAACAAGAGAAUCUGUCUCAGUUCUUACUAGUUCUAACGCCACAUGUGUUUCUCCAUCUAUGUAUGAGACAUCUGAAACAAAGGGUGGUGGCUUUUUUAUAGAAAGAAUGCCCUCCUAA